GAUUCUGAAUAUACUCGACUUCGAGAAAUGGCCCACCAAGAGGCUGAAAAAAGAAACGACUGCUAUGCAAGAAGCAAAGUAGCUUAUCAAAACGGCGACGGUGGUCUAGCUAAACAGCUGUCUAACCAAGGCCAUCAACAUGACAAUACUAUGAAUCGCUACAACAAUCAAGCUGCUGAUUAUAUCUAUAAAUUAAAAAAUCAAGGGCGAUCUCCAACCGAGAUUGAUCUUCAUGGGUUGUUUGUAAAAGAAGCGUCGGCGCGAGUAGAAGAAGCCAUUAAGCGGUGUGAGCGUGAGAACUAUGAUCAUUUGAUUAUUAUUGUUGGAAAAGGGCUUCACAGCACAGGCAAUAUUGCAAAACUGAAGCCUGCAAUUUUGGACCUUGUAAAGCGCUAUAAUGUUCAUGUUGAACCUAAUAAGCCAAACCCAGGAUGUCUUUUUGUUGAGUUUGGCAAGGGU